AAAAAAAAAAAAAAAAAACAUAAUAAAAUAAGUACAAUAAAUACCAGAAACACAACAACAAACACCCUCACCCACUAUCCAAAAAAUGUCCACAAAAGCCACCAUCCUAAUCUACACGGGCUCACCCCUCGACUACCCCGAAUACCGCCACACAGCACUCCACUUCACGUUUGUGAGCGGCACAACCAGCACGAUGCAUGUGGUCGGCACACAGGGUCUGUUCAUCUUCCAAGAAGACGUGGACCUCGAUCCGCAUGAGUUUGGGAGCGAGUUGGCGAAGACGGUGGUCGUCGGGGAGAUCGAUGGGGACGUGAGUCCGGAGACGAUUCGGCGGGCGGUGUCGGCGACGCCAGUGAGGAAUGGGAGGGAGGAUUUGGAUUGGAAUUGUCAGAAUUGGGUCGGGGAUGCGUUGAUGAUGUUGGUUGAGAGGGGGGUUUUGUCUGCUGCGGUUAGGGAGAGGGCGGUGGAUGGGAUGGUGGAGGGGUGUUUGGAGGCUAGGGAUCAGUGAUUUCUCUCUCUUUU